GGGUGAGUACUUCCGGCUGCCGGGUUGACAUGAAGUAGCAGCGGCUGCUUAGGGCGGCGGUAGCGGCGAGAGUCGCGGCUUGGAACGGGCCUGGGGGUUCAAAGCGAGACGCAGCCUAGAUCGACAGGCGGUAUUGCUGGCCAAGAAGGGGGCGCGGCACCACCCUGGCCUGUCAUGGAAAUGGAAAAGGAGUUCGAGCAGAUCGACAAGGCCGGGAGCUGGGCGGCCAUUUACCAGGACAUCCGACAUGAAGCCAGUGACUUCCCCUGUAGAGUGGCUAAGCUUCCCAAGAAUAAAAACCGAAACAGAUACCGCGACGUCAGUCCCUUUGACCAUAGUCGGAUUAAACUACAUCAAGAAGACAACGACUAUAUCAAUGCUAGUUUGAUAAAAAUGGAAGAAGCCCAGAGGAGUUACAUUCUCACCCAGGGCCCUUUGCCCAAUACGUGCGGGCACUUCUGGGAGAUGGUGUGGGAGCAGAAGAGCAGGGGCGUGGUCAUGCUCAACCGGUUGAUAGAGAAAGGGUCGGUAAAAUGUGCACAGUACUGGCCACAAAAAGAAAACAAAGAGAUGGUCUUUGAUGACACAAAUUUGAAAUUAACAUUGAUCUCAGAAGACAUCAAGUCGUAUUACACAGUACGACAGCUAGAACUGGAAAACCCCACGACUCAAGAAACUCGAGAGAUCUUACAUUUCCACUAUACCACAUGGCCUGACUUUGGAGUCCCGGAAUCACCAGCCUCAUUCCUGAACUUUCUUUUCAAAGUUCGUGAGUCGGGGUCUCUCAACCCGGAGCACGGCCCCAUCGUGGUGCACUGCAGCGCCGGCAUCGGCAGGUCGGGAACCUUCUGUCUGGCCGACACCUGCCUCUUGCUGAUGGACAAGAGGAAAGACCCUUCCUCCGUGGACAUCAAGAAAGUGCUGCUGGAGAUGCGGAAGUUCCGGAUGGGGCUGAUCCAGACGGCCGACCAGCUGCGCUUCUCUUACCUGGCGGUGAUCGAAGGGGCCAGAUUCAUCAUGGGAGACUCCUCCGCGCAGGAUCAGUGGAAGGAGCUUUCCCACGAGGACCUGGAGCCCCCACCGGAGCACGUGCCCCCUCCUCCUCGGCCGCCCAAACGAAUCCUGGAGCCGCACAAUGGCAAAUGCAAGGAGUUCUUCCCAAACCACCAGUGGGUAAAGGAUGAGAAGGAAGACGGUAAAGAUGGCCCCGUCAAAGAAGAAACCAGAACCCUCUUAAGCGUCCCCUACAGCGUGGACAGCAGGAGCCGAGACACGGAAAUAAGGAGUCGGGUGGCCGGUGGAGGUCUGCGCACUGCCCAGGCCGCCUGCCCUGACAAGGGGGAGCCGUCGCCGCCCAAGGAGGAGCAGCGGGAGCGCGCGCCCCCACCCUGGAAGCCCCUGCUGGUGCAUGUGUGCAUGGCCACGGUGCUCACGGCCGGCGCGUACCUCUGCUACCGGGUAUGUUUCCACUGACACGGCGAGGAGCAGCGCAGGAAGCACUGGCCGCGCCGGGUAGGAUGCAGCUCUGUGGAGCGUCUGAGCCAGUCUCAGAAGGAGCGGAGCACGGUGUUCGAAGUCUGGAACUGUGCAAGGGCUAAAGAGAGAAGCAAGGGUUGCUGCACUGGGGUUUCAGGAGCCCUGUGGUCCCAAGAAUAUAAGAGUCUAAUCUCAGGGCCUUAACCUAUUCAGGAGUACGUAGAGAAAAUGCCAAAUACGCGUCUCUCUCUUUCUCUUUCUCCUUCCUUCCUGCCCUCUCUCUUUUCUACCCCAACUCCUCUUUCUCUCUCUGUCGCUUGCUUUCUUUCUUUCAUUUGUUUUUGAAAAAAUAGAAUUACAACACAUUGUUGUUUUUAACCUUUAUAAAAAGCAGCUUUUUGUUAUUUCUGGAAAAAAGACGACGAGGCACUUAUGAAACUUCCUUGUACCCUUACUAGAUGGUGUAAUGAGAUACACAAUUUAUAUUUGAUUUCCCAGGGAAAGAACCCCAAACUUUUACGAAUGUAAACUUCCUUGGAGAAGAGGGUUAGGACGCCGUGGUGCGGGCACGCCUCUGCCCCUCGCACCCUGAGCCCGACAGUGCCUGCGAGCUUUCCUGUUCUGAGAAGAGAACACUUCACGGCAUCUCUAGAAAACAAAGCCUGCUUUGCUCAGGGCGCCCCUGCUCAUUUUUCCACCAAUCCCUCCUGGUGACAGUCGUGUUGCUCAUGCGCCAGCCCUCCUCACACCAUUCCUGCAGGCCCCGCCAUGCUCAGGGUCAGGUUCACCCUCAGGCUGGCAUUGCACCCUGUGGUUUCCACUUCAUUUAGAAAAUAAGUGCCAUUUUGGUAAAAACCCACACUUUAGAAAUGUGCUGCUGUUACAGGAAGGGAAGGGAUGGGGUAGUCUUAGAAGCCGUGGAAAUUGUCCUGCAGGACUUUUUUCAUCCAUUGAAAUAUUUUACCUCUUCCCAGGUGGCCACUUCUGAUGGUGUAGCAGAAUGCAAACAUUUUUUCCUUAAGGGUGAUUUUUUGGGGAAAAGGUUAUCGGAAAAACACCUAGACCCGCCUUGGCUGGGGCGCCCUCAGAGGCUGGUGUGGCCCGGGUGAUCCUGAGUCAGGCCGCUCUGUGCGUGGGUCUGGGCUCAUCUGAAGUGGUUUCAUUUCAGUUCCUGCUCAACAGCAGCAUAUAACCUGACCCUCCUCCAUCCACCUCCACCCUCUGUCCGCCUCUGCUCCUGCCGAGCAGGCAGCCGGGUAGGUAAGGGCCGCCGGACAGGACAGCACAGAGAGCCGAGCCGAGCCAGACCGAGCCGGCCGAGCCGAGCAGGGCUCCGCCCGCGAGGACGCGUGCUCUGCCGCAGGCUGCCGCACCCCACCCGGCCGGUGUCUCGCCCCUUUCUCCUUUGGCUUCUGCUUCUGCUUCCCCCUCCCGCUCCCCUGAGUCUCGAAUCCACGGCCAUUUUUUCAGAAAAAGCAAAAGAGGACCAUGCUGUGGCGCAGUGGGUGGUGGCCCUCGCCAGUCUCAGGGCUCUCCCCAGCCAAGCACUCCCGCUCAGCGUGGCCUCCAGUGUCCCAGGCGGGCCGCACGUUGCCUGUGUGGUCAAAGCCUUUCCACUCUUAUUUAUUUUUAAUUUUUUUCCCCAAAGGCAUCCAUACUGCACUAGCAUUUUCUUAAACCAAUAAUGUAUUAAAAAUGUUUUGAUGUCAGCCUGCAUCAGGGGCUUUAUCAAAAAGUACAAUAAUAAAUCCUCAGGUAGUGCUGGGCAUGCAAGACUUUGCCACGAGCCUGCUGCGUCAGCCCGGUGCUGGGAAGGAGGACGGUGUAUUAUUACGUAGUGAUGCUGUGGGUACCGUGAGAAGCUAGAACACUGCUCUAAUAUAUAAUGGACACUUGGGUAUUUAAUAAGAUACGCGAUGUGAGAGGGCCUUGCCCGGGUCUUCUCCCCCAUUAUCUGCUAGAACCUUGUUCUCCAUCACCGCUUUCCCCGUGUGUGUUAGAAUGCAUGUAAGGUCUUCCGUGUCCCCCCAUGAAAUACCAUGUGCUUGAAACGAGAAACUUAGAUUCCUGCUCACUAAUGUGCCCGGUCCGCGUCCGGCCCACCCCGCACGGUCUGGCUGUCACAUGGCUGCGGUUCCGCAGGCUGUUGCUGAAGUGAUCACCGUUCAGCGCAAGGGCGACGAUGUUUUCCAGUAGUGGAUAGUGGCCCGAUUCCCAGCCUGACACUCCGUCACUUCCUGGCGAGGCCCGGCCUGCCCUGGCCCCGCGGGUCUGCUGUAACUGAGACAUUCCAAGGGGCGGCCAGCCACAGCCGCGCCUCAUGCUCUGGACCUCUGGGGCCGGCCUCCCCUGUCCCCAUCCGUGCUCCCCUGGAGCGGCGUGGAGCGUGCAGGGAAGCAAGGCAGUCGCGGAACCAGCGUCCUUGGAACGCGCAGGCCAUGGUCCUCAGAGUCAGCCUGCACCGGCCGCCCGGCCGCCCUGCCCAGCGCCGCCUGCCUGCCCUUGAGCCCCGUGGGGACUGCUGGUGCUCACGACCCUUCCCGAGAGGAACUUACGACCUCCACACUCGGUGGCUUUUUAACAGGAAACAGUCAGGCAGCUGCAGCCCGAGCUGCUCUCGUGCCAGCAUUUUCACAUUCUGCCUUUCCCGUGGGACAAGCCAGUACAGAGCGACGGUUCUGUGGGAGAACUCUCGAGGGAGCCUUGGUGAGGCGCGGAGGAGCCGGGUGCCGCCGCGAGCAUCUCUGCGCUGGGCUUGUUUCCCCAGAGUCCUGUAUCCGUGCGAGUGUCUGGGUGUGUACAUACAGUCGCCUUUCCAGGGGCUGUCCUGGCCCGCCUUCUGUCCCCGGAGAGGAGACGGUGGCGGGGCUCUCCAUCCUGUUAUGCAUAUGUUAGAGAGGUAUCGAGCUGCUCUGCUGUAUGCCUUAAGCCAGUAUUCACUCAUCCGGCCACUGAGUUUUUACAAUGGCCAUGGAAGAAACCAUUUUUACAAAAAUCAAAACAAAAGCAGUGAGGUGUUCGGCAUAACACCUGUCCAGGCUGCAUGACCAGGUGGGUAGGGGCGCGUGUCUCAGGGUCUUCUGUGACCUCACAGAACUGUCACACUGUACAGUUUUCCAACUUGCCAUAUAAAUAAUGGGUUUGCAUUUUAGUUGCAACAAUAAAAACUGUUUUUCUAAAGAA